UUCUAUAACCUGAACACGUUUAAUAUAUCAUUUUCUGUUUUAUAUUUUAAUAGUAAAAUCAUAUAUUUAUAUAGUAAAGUCUGAAUAAACCGGAUUGUUUCUACACAACACGGAGCAUAAAUGUGUCGGUUACAAAAGCUUACGCUGAGUUCCUCUUACGCAUUUCUUACAAGCAAACGUAAACCGCGGCAGUGCUGUGGCGUCCCACAAUGUUUAACUUGCAAAAUGUUUUUUUAAAACAUAGUCGACUAUUCCUUAAAACAAGAUUGUUUAUGUACUGUUUGACGUACGCCCAUCUCAAUAUAAUGUCUGUGGUUUUAUUGAACAAGGAUUUUUCGACUUCCAAUGAUCCAGAUCUCAAAGUUUAUUUAACUCUAAAGUGGAAAUUGAUUACAACAUGGUUCAAUAUUUUGACGAUUCCGUACAUUCCAAUUUGCGUGUACUGCGAUUGGCGCGAACUCAAAAGAAAAGUCGACCGCCCCGUGCCGCCAAACGUAGAAAAAUUGAAAAAUAUUCGUGACUUUUACUUUACAAAUCUCAUCUUGCCGGCUACGUUGUAUGCAGACGUACUAUUUUGGAACUUAUGGAAUACGGACAGAAAGCUAUUGAUGCCGCUGUCUGUCGACAAGUACGUUUCUGUAUGGGAACAGCACAGCAUGCACACCGCUUCUCUGGUCUUUGUUAUAUUCGAUUUAGUACUGGUGCCUCGACAAAGACCAAAGACAUAUAAAUGGGGUAUAAUACUUCUAUCCAUAUAUCUGACUAGCUACAUUUUCGUAUGCCUGACAAGUUUAUUGAAAGGAGAAUACGUCUAUCCAGGGCUGAAAUCAUUUACGACAUUUAAAUUUUUCGUAUUGACGAUCCAUAUGUUUAUUGGCCACUUGUUCUACUAUACUGGACAAUGGUUUGUCAUCGACAUACUCUGGGGUCAGAGUAAAAGUGUCAAGGAGAUUGCAUGAGAUCUCUUAAAGAGAUAGAUAAAAAAAUCUACACGUCUUCAAAUCUACAGACUGUAUAUUCGAUGACGUCACCGAGUUAUUUAUUUAAUAGACUUCAAUUGUCAGUUCCAAAGUCAGCAUACACAAAAAAUGCUACGCUGAAUAGAUGUAAAAAUUUAGUAUAAUUACAAUAAAAUUAUUAAAAGGUAUUUAUAGAAUCACAAGAUAUUAAAGAAUAAACAAUGAAUAAAAUUCACAAGAGUAGACGGCAAAUUAACAUGUUUGUGUAAUGUUGCAACCUAAAAUAAUUAAAAAUUGAACAUUAAAUGAACAUUUAUGGUUUAGAAAUUUUUUAUAGUAUGUUGCACUUCAUUAAUAUAGGUAUGUGAUAAAAUAAGUAUAAGUUAGAACAUAACUAUGUUAUUUAUGGGUUGUCAUUAAAUGUAGAUAAAAACAUUGAUUAUUAACAAUAAAAUAUUAUUUAUGCACUAAUUGCCUACGUGUUGCCCACUUAAUACUUUGACUUUAGCAUAAAGUAAAGGAAAAAUGAAUGAUAAACCAUUUUUAUUAAUUUUACUACUUGUUUUCUUGUUUUUCGCGUCUAGGAACUUUUUUAUUGUCUUUCAAAAUUAACAAUUUAAACUGAGAAUAUUAGAAUAUUCGUAUUCACAAUAAAAUUAUUUAAGUAAAAAAAAUAUAGGCUUUUUUACAAGAAGACACUUAUCACAUUGCAAAUAAAUCUUUUACUAAUAACUAGUAAUAAAAAAAUAUUCACAACAGAAAUAAGAAAAUUUCAAUCAUGUUUAACUCGAUUUAUGAUCUUUUGUGUUAAUAAAAUUAAUAGAGAAGGAUGUAAAAAGGUGAAAUAUUAUUUAACUACGACAUUUUUAAACAUAAAUAUUGCCACAACUAAAUUGCAAAUAAUGUUGCAAUGAUGUUGGCGAAAUUUCGCUAUUGAAAUAGACGAAUAAUUUAUUAGCAUCAGAUGGUAAGGACAUUAAAUCGUUAAACUGGAAGAACCUUACUAAUUCUGACCUUGGAUGGUAUAUAAAUGGCACCCGUUCCGCUAAACAAGCCGAAUCGUAAGAAAUGUGUUUGUUGCAAAACAAAUAAAUAAUGAUAUUAAUAAAUUUGGUUGUUGCAAUCUUACAAUCUCAACUGUUUAUUUUCAAGGAUUUGAAUGAUGAUUAAAUUUUAACUUAAAUCAGGCAGAUUUAAUAAGAGACGUGAUAGUUGGAAGAAGAAUUAUAAAAUAACAGAAAGACGAAAGGACCUUAACAGUGGAAUAAUUUUUUUGGCAAUCAAAUUGGAUAAGUUUGAUUUUAAAUAUUGCAUCAUGUUUUAAGCUUGAAAAUUGUAUUUUUGAUUAAAUAUAUUUUCAUUA